UGAGUCGCACAUAGUCAUUUUUUCAACGACAAACCAUGUCUUUGAUUCCACUUCCACCGUCUCUAAUACCUUUUCUUCACCAAUUCUUGCCUACACCUGGGAGCAAGACGUUUGUGACACUCACAUAUGCUCAGUCUCUUGACUCCCGCAUCGCUGCCCGUCCCGGAGUUCAAACAAAAAUAUCCCAUCUUGAAACUAAAACCAUGACCCACUAUUUGAGAUCAGAGCACGAUGCCAUUUUGGUGGGCAUUGGAACGGUUCUCGCGGACAACCCUAAACUCAAUUGCCGUUAUAAUGGCGGGAACAGUCCAAUACCCGUGGUGAUUGACCCAUUGUGCCAAUGGGAAUAUGCUAAGUCUCAGCUUCAUCAGAUUUGUGAAAGUGGACAAGGAAGGGCACCAAUUAUCAUCAUAGAUGACAAGUCAAUGCCUUCUCAAGACAAUGAGAGGAUAUUGGGCCUACAAGGUGGGAGAUACUUGAAGCUACCGUUGCUUUCAAACCGAACAAAUAACUGGAGCAUUAUUCUCGAUGUGCUUUAUGAACUUGGCAUUAAAUCGGUGAUGGUUGAGGGAGGAGCCAAAAUCAUCAACGAACUAUUGGCAUACAAAGAACCCAUAAUAGACAGUUUAAUCAUCACGAUAGGGCCUGUUUUUCUUGGAAAUGAAGGGGUGGAGGUGAGUCCUCUGCGCCAUGUUGACUUGUCUAACGUUAAAUGGUGGUCAGGAAUCCAGGAUAGUAUAAUGUGUGCUCUGGUUGAACAUUAAAACCUAUAUUACAAAUCUAUUUAUGACAAUUAUAAAUACUUUUUUUUGAUAAACUUGAUUGUCAAUUAUAAGCAAAUUCUGUAAGAAGCAUACCGACCUGAGGUUUCAGAUCUUCUGAUAAUCUUAACAACUUCACCCCUUUUCAAACCCAAAUAUCUGGCCACUGGGUCUUCUCUUUGGAUUCUUGGUAACUGCGAUUCCUUUAAUCUGUAUCUAUCCAACAAUUCCUUCUUUUCUCCUUUCGACAACUUGAUGUGUUUUGGAACCAACUCAUGGUGGGUGAUGUUAACUACCAAGUCACUUUCCUGGAAGGUUUCAAUCAGGGCUGGUGCAACUGUUGGAAUUAAUUUAUUUGCACUUGGGGUUAUGGAGGACUGGUAAAUGAAAAUACCAGUGGAAAAGUUCCUUUCACUGAUAUGAAUACAGAAGUUUCUCAUUGUUUUAAUUCCUACUGAAUCUUCGUCACAGAACUCAACCCAUAAGGUCCCAAGCUCAGGGAAUUUUUCCAAGGAUUCUGCCGUUGGGUUGGCUUGAAAACACAUCAAUUUUCUUUGUGGCAUGUUCAUACUGUCACAUAUUUUUUGUCUGAAUUCAUCCAAGCUCAUAUCGAGCUCCUCUUGAGAGAUGUAAUAGCCCCCUAUCUCUGACCAUCUCCUUCACGGUCUUGAACGUUCUCCACAAACGGGACAUGCUUCUGUCUGCUUCAUCCAUUUUGACUUAUGCUAUCUUUAAUGCUAUUGUAUAUCCCAGUGCUUGAGUGGUUCACACCUAUGAAA